GAAAAAAUAAUCGACUUCCUGUUUGAAUUGCUGUAAGCGAUAAACAAAAUCCAAGAUGGAAGUCACACGAACAAAUUUCAAUGAGCUUUUGGAUGACAUCAACAAUGCCAUAAAACAAGCAAGCUUCAUUGCAUUUGAUGCUGAAUUUACAGGAUUAGAAGACACUAAGCAUGGUCAUGCCCUUCCAUUUGACACACCUGAAGAGAGAUACACCAAGCUACGAAAGGGAUCCUUAGAUUUCCUCGUUUUACAGUUUGGGCUCUGCACUUUUAAAUAUGACAAUAAGAAGAAAAGACAUAUUGCCCAACCCUUUAAUUUUUAUGUAUUCCCGAAACCAUAUUCACGCCAGGCUCCAGACAGAAGAUUUAUGUGUCAAAGUUCCAGUAUAGAUUUUUUAGUAUCACAAGGUUUUGAUUUUAAUAAAGUAUUUUGCGAAGGCAUACCAUACUUAACACCAACACAAGAAAAUGCAUUAAAAGAAACAAUUGAACAAAAACAUCUCCUACACGCUCAGUUUUCAUCGCCAGCAUUUACUAGUCCACAUGGUCAAGAUAUUGGCCCUAAUAAAGGACCGAUUGCUAUACCUGAUGACCAGAAAUCUUUCAUUAAUGGAAUAGUAGAUCAGAUCAGUAUAUUUAUGGAGAAAUCAGAAGAGGAAUCAUUAAAUCUGCCUGUAUGUAAUGGUUUUCAGCGUAAACUUAUUUAUCAAACAGUAAGAAACAAGUUUAGUUCCGUACAUCUAGAAGCUAAGAAAGGAGAGAAGAAAGAUAGAUAUAUAUGUGUCACAAAAAUAAGUGGUGAAGAAGAAAUGAAGAUGAGAGAAGGUGCUAAACAGGCAGCAGAAAGGGCAGAAAUAGAUGAUGCUGUUGGGUUUUCCAAAGUAGUAAGAAUGAUAUCACAAUCAGGAAAGUUGUUAGUUGGACAUAACAUGUUAUUAGAUGUAAUGCAUACUAUAAAUCAGUUUCAUUUUCCAUUACCCGAGGAAUAUGAAGAUUUUAAGUCUAUGACUAAAUGUAUCUUUCCCAAAUUAGUUGAUACCAAGUUAAUGGCUCAAACUCAUCCUUUUAAGGAUCAUAUUCCAGUUUCUGUUCUGGGUGAUUUACAUAAAACAUUGUCCUUUAAACCAUUUGAGUUAGCAGAGGUUGAGUUUCCUAAAGGUUACACCAACUAUAAUGAUAAUAGUAAAUAUCAUGAAGCUGGUUAUGAUGCCUUUGUAACAGGAUUGUGUUUUGCUAGUAUGAAAAAUUUCUUAGGUAGUUUCCAGAAACCACCCAAAGAUUUUGUUUCACCUUCUUCACCUUUAGUAGAACCAUUUAUGAAUAAAUUAUUUCUGAUGAGGAAUUUUGAAGUACCUUAUAUGAAUCUUAAUGGAGCAGAUUUAACUGCCAAUAGAGAUCAUGUAUUCCAUAUGACCUUUCCUAAAGACUGGAAAUCUAAUGACAUCUCAAAUCUCUUUUCUGCUCAUGGUAAUGUACAGAUCUUCUGGUUAGAUGAUACCACGGCUCUAGUUGCACUUUAUAAAAAAGAAAACUCAAAAUCAGCAUAUGAUGAUUUACAUGUACAAAAGUCUAAUUUUACCAUUCAAAAAUAUAAAGACUUCUUGAGUUUUUCCGAUGGAGAAAAGCACAACAAAAAUAGUCAUAGUAAAUCUACUGUUAGAAAACGUUCACAUAAUGAGACAGAUAAUGAUGUUCCUUCUAAAAAGAAAAAAACACUGAAUGUUGCAGCUCAACCCUUCGUGUAUAAACAACCUGAUGUUAUAUCAGAAGGUGAUGAUAGUUCUAAUACAUCUAAUACUAGUACUACAGAUGUUACCAUGGUUGAUUCUACACACAAUACACAAAUUGAUGUAAAGGAAGAUGUGAAAGAAGCUGAUAAACUGUUUGAAGAAACCGCUGCCUGGUGAUUAGAGUUUUCUUGAAAACAGCUGUAAUUGUUUUCUCAUCUACUUUAAAUUUGAUAGACUCAUUAUUUCAUUGUUAUACAUAGAAUCUGUGAUAUAUGUCAUCCAUCAUUAUUUAGCAAUAUUGUGCUUUAUUUAUGUAUAUGAAAGUGCUACAUAGCUGUUUUGUGUUUAAGAUUUGACAAAGAAGACAAAGACAUUAUAAAAGAAAUAAGAAUUCAAUUAAAUCGUGUAAAAAUUAUUAAGUGACAAUUGAUUGUUUGAUUUUCAUCUGUAUUUAAUAAAAUAUGAGAAAG